GCUUGGGUUCUAUCUGAUAGAAAUAGGUCACUAAGGGUUGUAUCUCAUCCGAGUUCCUGCCUUCCCCUCUCUGCUUUCCCCUACCAUCACUCUGGUCUCCACAGAUCAAGCUCUCCCAGUGUGUCUUCCAGCCAGGAGGGAACCUUUUGAAACUGUGGUUGUCUGCACCACGUACUUUGGUUACAGCGUCAUGACAGUGACUAAUAUAAUACAAGCAGCUCCUACAGGAUUCCAAACUCCCUGUCCUGUAAGUGUUUGCCUCAGAGUUCUAGCCUCAGGAAGCCCUUCCCUUCCUGGGUUUCCAAACCCAGUACACCCAUCCUCCGAUGAGGAGAACAUACUACUGAGAAUCGUGUCAUGUGAACCCUUUUCGCCAAGAUGGCGCCUAAAGCGAAGAAGGAAGCUCCUGCCCCUCCCAAAGCCGAAGCCAAAGCGAAGGCCUUGAAAGCUAAGAAGGCAGUGCUGAAAGGCAUCCACAGCCACAAAAAGAAGAAGAUCCGAACGUCACCCACUUUCCGGCGGCCCGAGACCCUGCGGCUCCAGAGGCAGCCAAAAUAUCCUCGAAAGAGUGCACCCAGGAGAAACAAGCUUGACCGCUAUGCUAUCAUCAAAUUCCCACUGACCACCGAGUCGGCCAUGAAGAAAAUAGAGGACAACCACACGCUUGUGUUCACUGUGGAUGUUAAGGCCAACAAGCACCAGGUCAAACAGGCCGUGAAGAAACUCUAUGACAUUGAUGUGGCCAAAGUCAAUACUCUGAUACGGCCUGACGGAGAGAAGAAGGCGUAUGUUCACUCGGCUCCUGAUUAUGAGGCUCUAGAUGUUGCCAACAAGAUUGGGAUCAUCGGGGUUGGGGAUUUAGCUCAGUGGUAGAGCGCUUGCCUAGGAAGCGCAAGGCCCUGGGUUCAGUCCCCAGCUCUGAAAAAAAGAACCAAAAAGAAAAAAAAAAAAAAGAUUGGGAUCAUCUAAAGUGAGUCCAGAUGGUUAAUUCUAAAUAUAUAC